AUGUCGAACACUGACGCAACGCAUGCAGGGGCUUACUCCAGGUCGGUUCUCCACGGCGGGUACCACCACCCGCUCGCUCGCAAGUACCAGAACCAGGGUCGCAAUGUCACAAAGGAUAUGUUCAUGUACCCUAUCUUCAUUUCUGAUGACCCGGAUGCCGAGGAGGUUAUUUCUUCUCUGCCUGGUCAGAAGCGAUGGGGUGUUAACAAGCUUGAAGGGUUCCUGGGGCCGCUUGUCAAGAGCGGUUUGAGGAGCGUUAUUCUAUUCGGCGACGAGUUUGGUACUAUUGCCGACACUGAUGACACGCCCGUCAUUCUCGCCCUGAAGAAGCUCACAGAGCUGUUCCCUAAGCUCUUCCUGGCGUGUGAUGUCUGCCUCUGCGAGUACACAUCUCAUGGCCACUGCGGAAUAAUGUCCUCGCUUCCGAACCCCGUUCAUUCCGACCAGCCAACUUUGGAUGCUGAGGCGUCUGCCCAGCGCAUCGCCGAAGUCGCCCUCGCUUACGCCAAGGCCGGCGCGCAUUGUGUCGCUCCCAGCGACAUGAUGGACGGUCGAAUUCGCGCCAUCAAGACGGCACUUAUGGAAAACGGCUACGGCAAUCGCGUCACUCUCAUGUCGUACUCUGCCAAGUUUGCGAGCAGCCUUUACGGUCCAUUCCGUGAGGCGGCGGGCAGUGCUCCGUCGUCUGGUAACCGCAAGUGCUACCAGCUGCCUCCCAAUGCUCGCGGCCUUGCCCGUCGUGCCAUUCGCGAUGCUGCCGAGGGAGCGGAUAUCCUCAUGGUCAAGCCGACGUUGCCCUACCUGGAUAUUGUUUCAGACUGUGCGCAGCUUGAGCCCGACCACCCUGUUGCUGUCUACCAAGUGUCGGGCGAGUACGCAAUGAUUGUUGCCGGAGCCGAAAAGGGUAUCUAUGACCUCAAGCAAAUGGCCUUUGAGACAGUCGAGUCAUUCGUCCGUGCAGGCGCCUCUAUCAUUCUCUCUUACUUUACCCCCGACUUCCUCGUCUGGCUUGAUGAGCCCGAGGAGUAG